GGUGCGCGCCGUGACGUCAUCGCGCAACUAUCGAUUUUUCCAACGCACACAAAGAAGGCGCAGCGACACAGUGCGUAGCUGUCAAAAGUUUUCCAUCGUCAAAUUUUCCACCCAGAAGUGUGUUUGCUGGUGGACGAUUGGUUUGGUUCCAAGUGUUUUCAAUCGCGAGUUAGAAAGCAACCACCGGGUUCCGUCCCGCAACCAGGUGGUUGAAAAUGUCCUCCAACGUGUUUCAUCGCCGGUGUGGCAAGCGGAUCACACUGACGAACGGGAACCGCACGGCAAUGCGAAAUGUGAGCGAGUUUAACCACGGGCUGGUGCUGAGUGGCGAACCCCUGCAGGACGAUGUGCUGUUCGAGGUUCGGAUCGACGAAAAGAUCCAAGCGUGGAGCGGCAGCAUUGAGAUUGGCAUCACCACGGUCAACCCGGAGUCUACGGAGCUGCCGCCGUGUGCGAUGAAGCUGCGCAACACCACUUGGGUAAUGUCGGGCAUAUCCGUGCUGAAGGACGGGCUGCUGCUGAUGGAAUCGUACGGGCUCGAUCUGGAGAAGCUGGGCGAGGGCGAUCGGGUCGGCGUGCAGCGGACGGCACGCGGUGAGCUCGUGUUUUACGUGAACGGCGAUCCGCAGGGUGUGGCCGCCCGGGACAUUCCGCGCCAGGUGUACGCGCUGGUGAACUUGUACGGUAAGUGUGUGCAGGUUACGAUCACAUCCGGCCAGCCGGCCGAUCUGCCCGGCGAGUACGGUCCCUGCACCUCGUCGGAAGACAUCAGCGCGUCACCUCAAAUCUCGCAAAACAUCGACCUGCCGAUGUCGGUGGAGAUGUCCGUCACGGGAGCAACGACGGCAACAACAUCCACGGCCACCUGCGCCGUCGUCGCAGCAGCUUCUUCCAGCUCCGCAAUCACGGAGGGUGGUACUAGCGGCGUUGGCUCAUCCGUGUCCGAUCCGAGCGAUAAGCUGCGGUUCCACACGCGCUGCGGCUCGCUGGUGAAGCUGAGUGCCAACUGCCGGACGGCGGAGCGGCGUCGCCCGCUGGACGAGUUCAACAAUGGCGUCGUGAUGACGCACCGGCCGCUGUGGGACAACGAGCUGUUCGAGAUACGCAUCGACCGGCUGGUGGACAAGUGGUCCGGCUCGAUCGAGGUGGGCGUGACGACCCACUGCCCCUCGGCGCUGCAGUUUCCCGCCACGAUGACUAAUCUGCGCAGCGGCACGAUCAUGAUGUCGGGCUGCGGCAUACUCACCAACGGCAAGGGCACGCGCCGCGAGUACGGCGAGUUCAAUCUGGACGAGCUGCGCGAAGGCGACCGCGUGGGCAUGAUGCGCAAAGCGAACGGCAACCUGCACUACUACAUCAACGGGCGCGACCAGGGCGUGGCGGCGACGCGCGUCGCCCAAACGCUCUGGGGCGUGAUCGACCUGUACGGCAUGACGAUCAAGGUGACGAUCGUGGAUCGGGACGAGCGCGAGCAGCGCAAUUUGGUGACGCGCCGCAACCACCUGCUCAGCAUGCCGGCCACAGUACAGGAGCUGCCGCUCGGUGUGGCCGGUAUGGCGACACAUGGAGGGAUCGCCACGGUAGCAGGCACACCGUCCGAGGCGGAGUACGUCGGUGCCGGUUCGACCGCCCUACUGCUCGAUCGGCUCACGUUCCAUCCGACGUGUGGGUCGCACGCAAGCGUAACGCACAGUGGCCGCACCGCCCUGCGCCCAAACGCGUCGGACGAUUUCAACAACGGUGUGGUGCUGACGCGCCGCCCGCUGCGCCCCAACGAGCUGUUCCAGGUGCGGCUCGAGCGCGUCGUUACGAAGUGGGCCGGCUCGAUCGAGAUGGGCGUGACGACGCACAGCCCGACCGAGCUGGACUUUCCCUUCACGAUGACGAACGUUCGGACCGGCACGUGGAUGAUGACCGGCAAUGGGGUGAUGCACAACGGCAUGACCGUGAUCGAGCAGUACGGGCAGAACCUGGACCGGUUGCAGGUGGGCGAUCGGGUCGGCGUGGUGCGCAAGGACGACGGGACGCUGCACUUCUGGGUGAACGGGAUCGACCAGGGGCCGGCCGCGACGGGCGUCCCCGAGAAGGUGUACGGUGUGAUCGAUCUGUACGGGCAGGCGGCCCAGGCCAGCAUCGUCGACACGUCCGAGUGCGGUACGCCCGACACGGGCAACUCGACCAUCUCCAACACGACGCUCUUCCCGUCGGCCGAACCGCGCAUGCGCUUCAACACGUGCGUGCACGGCCGCAACGCGCACAUCAUCAACGGGGGGCUGACCGCGUGCCGGCCGAAAGCGCUGGCCGAGUUUAACGACGCGAUCGUGUUCAGCAGCCGGCCGCUCCGCCAGCGGGAACUGUUCGAGAUCGCGCUCGACACGGUGGUCGACCGGUGGAACGGCAGCAUCGAGAUCGGCGUCACGGCCAUGCGCCCCGACGAGCUGUCCCUGCCGAGCACGGCGACCGAUCUCGAGCACGACACGAUCAUGGUUUCCGGCACGACGCUCCUGCUGAACGGGUGCACCGUCCGGAGCGACCUGCCGUUCGAUCUCGACGCCCUCGGCCAGGGCUCGCGCGUCGGCGUCAUGCGCAACGGGGACGCAAUCCACUUCCUCGUGAACGGCAUCGAUCUGGGGGCGUUUUACGACUCGAAAGCACCGAACCUGUACGCGGUGGUCGAUCUGUACGGGCAGUGCGCGCAGGUAAGCAUAACGGCGCCAACGCACGCACCGGGAGCGGGCGCUUGCGUGGGCGUGGCCGGCAGUGUCGUCGGCCCGAACGGUGGCGAUCUGCGGGCACCGUACGCGAUCAGCGAAAACUCCCAGAGCCUGCAGGCGACGUCCGUCAUACAGCCGAUGGCACUGGUCGAGUCGAAGCACCGGUGGUCGUGCAUUUCCGCCAGCAACACGGUCACGCUCGGGCACAACUGGACGCUGGCGACGCGCGGCACCAAUGCGGCCCUGUCGCACUGUCUCGUCUUCUCCGACCGGCCGCUCGUGCCGGGCGAAACGUUCGAGAUCAAAAUCGUCGACGUGAAUCCACUGUACGCGGGCUGCCUGCGGGUCGGCGCGACCGACCUGAACCUGUGCGACGAGCACGUGCGCAAAAACAUUCCCAUCAGCAUGCGGCGCAUCCCGGCGAACGUGUGGUACGCGAGCGGGAACGAGGUGCGGCACAACUCUACCCUGCUGCAGCGGGCGCUCGCGUCGCUCGAGUGGUUGCGGGUGGGCGAUCGCAUCGGCAUCGAGCUGACCGCGGCCCGCACGCUGCGCAUUCUGCUCAACUCGGAGGACAUGAACAUAACCUUCACCAGUCUGCCCGACUCGGUCGAUGUGUUUGCGGUGGUGGAGCUGAUCGGGAGCACGAUGGCGGUGCAGGUCAUCUCCUCGCAGGGGCCGUCAUCUCCGCUGCGCCCGUGCAGCCUGCGCCUGCAGGACUCGCUCGAACUGGGACUGGAUCCGCUCAACAAGCAGGACUCCAUGCUGGAAUCGAUCGAUUCCGAUAGUCUCGCGAUGGAGUUUUCCGAGCUGUAUCUCGGCAAGAACGUAACCCUGCUCGAGGAUCGCAAAUCGGCCGCCCGGCAUCAAUCCUACAACCAGGCUGUGGUGUGCCUGUCCCGCCCGCUCUGCAAAGGACACAGCGUCAGUGUGCGCGUGAACGCCAUCAACCCACAGUGGAAGGGUACGAUCGCGGUCGGUGCGCUCGGUGCGGCCCCGGGCGCUUCACCGUCCCAGUUCCCGUUCCCCACAUCGGCCAUCCUGUUCCGCCGGCCGUGCUGGAUCGUUACGCACGAUUAUGUGAACAUCAACGGCACCAAGACACAGUCCCGGUACGGUGAGCUGCUCGAUGCGAUACAGCCCGGCACGAUCAUUACGCUUACGCUGACGCAUGCGGGCAGUUUGGUCAUUACCUGCGGGCAGACACAGCUGGAGGAGCUGGCGACCGGGCUGCCCCAUCACGUGUAUCCCGUGUUCGAUCUUUACGGCAAGUGCGAGCGGGUUACGAUCUACAGCGGGGAUCCGAAGAAUGGUAGCCCGAUCGCGGAGGAGUUGGCGAUGCUGCCGAACGAACCGCAACGAUCGGGUGGACCGGUAGCGAUGGCAGCUGGCCCGUGUGAUGCUGUUGGAGCUGGACCGGGUGCUCUUGUUCCCCCGGGAGGGUUAGAAAACGGUGAGAACGUCCCUCAGUGCGAGAAGGCCGAUCUGGAGGUGCACGAGAAGGAAACGGAUCAGACGGCUGCCGCCUCCCAGCAGCAGGUAGCGGCAGGUUCAAGCUCUUCAAACGCAAUGAGCCGCUCCGUGAUGGACUGCGUGUCGGAGAAUUUGCUGAUGAAUAUUUCGAUUAAAAUCCGCACCGCCAACGAGGCGCGCAACCAGGAGCUGUCCAAUUCUUGUUGCUUACGGGACUCGCUGCAGCUGCAGCACUCGACCAAUCUGAACAUCCAGCGCAGCCAGAGCACGCACCGGUUCAACGCGAACGCCAUGCAGGGCAGCUACGACAGCAACCGAGGUGGUGGUGGUGGUGGUGGAGCCGGUGGCGAUCAAUCCAUGAGCUCGGGCAACUACGACGAAGGAUUUGAGGACUAUCAGCAUCGGCCCGGUGCUGUCUCAGCUCCCUCGGGCAGCACGUCCAAUGGUGGCGUGUGCAGUACGGCUGCUGGCCCGGAACCGAGCACGGUCGAUCGGGCGGAAAACACCGACACAAACUAUCUGGACGAUGUGGUCGAAUCGGGCGCAGAGUUUAACAAUCAGCUCGGCAGUACGGCAGCACCAACGUCCGCGGGGGGCGACGCGGAGUGUGAUACGAACUUGACGGACGUUAAUCAAAACCUAACGGCGGACGAAUCGCUGGACGAUGAGGAGGACGAGGAUGAGGACGAGGAUCGUGAUCGUAACACGCUCGCAGCGAACAGUAGCCGACGGGCGAAGCUUGGCCUGCAGUUGCAAUCGGCUGGUGGGAGCACUGGACCGGCGAAUAACGGCUCAUCCAGUGGGUCCGUUUCGUCCUCGUCCUUUGUGGGAAUGCAGCAACGAUUAGCUCCGGAGGGAGCGGAAAAUGAGGAAGAUAAUGAUGGACAGCAGCGGUAUAGGUCAGCUACUGCACCGGCGGCACCACCAGUGCCGGUCCAUCCGGUGGUGGAGAACCGUGACUGCGACUAUCUGAAGCUGGUGAUGAGCUUCAAGCGCACGCUAAUGCUUCCCGAUGCGUUCUUUGUCGAUGAACCGUGCGCCUGCUACUGUGCCGGGUGUUGCCAGCUACCGGUGGGUGGUAAUGCCGGUGGGACACUGAGGAACUGGGUACGCUUCCGGCUGAACCAGCAGACAGUGCUCGGCGGCGGUGGUGUUAACACGGCGGACGAGUUCGUCUGGACGACGGCGUACUACAACACGCGCGUGGACAAGAUACGGUCCGUGCUGGAUCACGGUCAACCGUUGCCGAUUGAAACCGGUCAACUCCUGCCGGAAUCAUCCACGCUGAACGAUAACUUCAUCCCCGGUACGCACAUCCUGCUGCGCUCCGUACCGGAUGCGGCCGAACCAGCGUCCAAUGCGACGAGCACAUCCUCGCACGUCGCCGGCUCCAUCCGUGGACGCACCUUCCCCCUGCGCUACAUGGUGAAUGGACAGUUUUUCCACAUUAAAACCGCCUUCGAGGUGCGCGUUCGUGCGCAAUCGCUUUCCGCCGUCGAUCAUUCCGGCGCUGGGGAGGGAUUGAAUGCAUCCACCGGUGGUGCGGGAGUUACCGGGACCGGUGGCUGUACGAGCGGCGUAUCGACGGUACCGACUGCCGGGGGGGUCGCUUCCGGCACAGAUUUCACAUUCCGCUCCUGGACCACCAAGGAGGCCGAUGCUUGCGUACUGACGGCUUUGUUGAUCCAUUUGGUGGCUAAUUAAUCGUCAUCUCAUUACAUUCAAAGCUAGAGUUCAAUGUAAAAGGCAGCUUCAUAACAAAAACGGUAGAUUUCAUCGCGGGCAAGUCUCACGCCAUUUCUCUUUAGAAAUGACUCACUUUCGCCUUAUUUAAAUCGCUUUUCACUGGUUCCGAAAACGAAGCUACUCUUUGUGAUUUUUAGUUAGCUAUAUUUAUUUGAUUUACUUUAUUCUCGUUUAGCGUUAUAGUAAUAAAUAGUUAACAUAAAGGCGCACGUUCGAAAAGGAAAAGCA